AUGGACCCCGUCAACUCAAACACAUUUCAGCAGAAGACGCCGACCGGUCCCAGUGCGGAAGAAUAUCAAAAGACAAUCGACUUUUCCGACAAGUUGGCAGCUCACAACGACAGGCAAGAGGAAACUUGCAAGACACGCCGAAUCUUGUUACAAGAAUGGCUCUUUGCAACCGACGGCCCGUUCGCCACACAUUGUUAUCCCCACGACGACACAGAAGCGGCGCAGCAACAGUAA